AUGAAUUAAUGUUAUAGCUCUUCUAAUUUGAAUGCACUAUUACCUAUGGAGAAUUACUAAUUAAUACUUAAUGAAUAAACAAGAUUAUAUAGAUAUAUUCACAGUUAGAACACUAUUUAAAUAAAGAAGUUUGAUUCAUAAGAAAUUACUAGAAGAAAAAGUUGCCAUUGUAACGAAUGCGGUUAAUAAAGUCAAUUUUAGUUUAAAACAAUGAAUAUACCACUUAAGAAAAGAGAUCUUCCUAAAGAAUAGGAAUGUCCCUUACCUUAGUUAAUAGUAACUAAACCUGAAUGUAUAGAAAAUUAAUAUUUUCUUAGCUAGAAUGAGUAGUACAUUUUAUAAAAAAUCUUCUUUUAAGAAUUUAUCUAUUUUAGAAUAGAAAGAUUACAUAAAUAACACUUAAUUAUCUUUAAAUAUCCAUGGAUUUAAAAGAGCUUAUAAUAGAUAAAAUACAUUAUUAAAAUUGAUUACAGAUGGUUAAGAGAGAUCUAAAAGAAAAGAAAGUAGUGGAUUAUUUUCUUCCUCUGAUAUGUAAUCUUAAAAUUCUUUAAAAUCUUUAAAUAUUACAACUAGUCCUACUCAAUCAUUCUUAUAGAAUCAUAAGAAUUCAAUUUAGCCUAAAACUCCUGUAAGUUUAUUUUCACCAAAAAGAAAACAAAAUUAUACUCAUAACAAAUUCUUAAAUACGAGUAGUAAAAUUUACAAUCCAUAUUAAAUUAAUUCGAAUAAAUAAUUAAUAAUAAAACCAUUACAAUUAAAAAGCUCAAUUUCAAGUCUUGUAGGAUAGAUACCAAAACUUUCUAAAAAAAAAUAAUGA